AAUACGUUGCAGCGCAGUCAGCACCGAGCCGGCAUCAACGCUAGACGUACUCUCUCACACACAAACUCAUUAUCAGCAUGAUCGUCACCAUCAGUCUGCUCGUAUCGGCAGCCCUAGCUGUCUACGUUUAUCUAACCUGGAACUUCAGCUACUGGAAGCAGCGCAAUGUUCCGGGACCGGAUCCGAGGCCACUGUUGGGGAACUUCCCGUCGCUUUUGCUGCGCCAUCGGACGGCCAUGGACGAGAUGGACCAGAUGUACAGUGACUACAGGGCCAAGUUCAACUUUGUGGGUGUGUUCAACAUCCGACAGCCGCGCAUUUUUGUCACGUCUCCGGCGCUGUACCGAGACAUCAUCACCAAGCACUUCCGGAGCUUCAGCGACAAUGAGUUUGCCGAGUUGACCGACGUGGAAACCGAUCCGCUGAUGGGCCGGAAUCCGUUUCUGCUGACUGGCGAGGAGUGGCAGGCCAAGCGGGCGGAAAUCUCGCCGGCGUUCACAGCUUCCAGAAUUAAGGCACUGUUCGCAAUCGUGGAAGAGCUUGCGUCGCGUAUGACUAAAUACAUUGAGCAGAACCAGCACACGGCGUUGGAAGCUAAAGAUUUGGCGGCAAAAUUAACCAUAGAUGUCGUUUCAAGCUGUAUUUUCGACACCGAUGCACAGUCGUUCUCCGAGGACCAUGGUGAAAUUCCAGAAAUGGCUCGCAAAAUGCUAGAGCCAUCAUUUAGUUCCCUUUUGAUCAUGAUAUUAAGGUCACUUUGUCCGAAAAUUGCAAAAGCACUCAACAUUGGAAUGAUCCCAAAGUCGGUCGAAGUUUUCUUCACCAACUUGAUGAAAGAAGCGAUUCGCUAUCGAGAGACAAACUCAAUCAAACGGGUUGAUUACCUGGAGCACCUUAUCAGCUUGCGGAACAAAAAGGAGAUAACCGAGCUGGAUAUGGCUGCCCACGGCGUAACGUUCUUCUUUGAUGGCUUUGAGGCCUCAAGUCUUGCCCUGUCGUUUACGUUGUACGAACUCGGUAGACAUCCCGCGAUUCAAACAAGGCUCAGAACAGAACUCUUGGAAGCAACCGACGCCAAAGGUUCCAUCGAUUACGACACCCUGCUCGAGCUGCCCUUCCUGGACCAGGUCGUCAACGAAUCCCUUCGGCUAUGGCCAGCCGGACCGUUCCUCUCCAAACGCUGCACGCAACCAAUAGACCUGGACCUCACCCCGACGCAGCAAGUCCGCAUUGAACCCGGAGUUUGCGCCAUGAUUCCGGUCUGGGCCAUCCAUCGGGAUCCGGAAUGUUACACCGACCCAGACACGUUCAACCCGGAUCGGUUUAGCCCCGAAACCGGCGGAACGAACCCGUACCGUGAGAUGGGCUGCUUCUUGCCAUUCAAUGAAGGACCACGCCAGUGUUUGGGCAUGAGGUUCGCCAAGAUGCUGGUCAAACGGGGCCUGUACGAAGUGGUGAAGAACUUUGAGUUCUCGGUGGAUUCCAAAACGGAAGAACCGCUGCGAAUGAACCCGAAAGUGGUCCUUACUGCAGUGGUUGGGGGGAUUUGGUUGAACUUUGAACCUAUUAUCACCAAAUAAGGGGGGUUAUAAGUUAUUGAAAUAAAUAUAAAUAUAAUGGUUGUCUAAA